AUGCGCCGCCAUACUCGUGUUCGUGCAGCAAGAACAGCCGAUGAAUGGAAAGGAGCUGGCGAUCACGCAGGAUUGUCCAUUUGGCGAAUUGAACAAUUCAAGGUCAAGCCUGUACCAAAGAAUGAAUAUGGAAACUUUUUUGAUGGUGACUCCUAUAUUGUGUUGAAUACUGUGAUUGAUAAGAAUGGGAAAAAAUCCUAUGAUAUUCACUUUUGGUUGGGAAAAUUGACCAGUAUUGAUGAAAUGGGAGUUGCAGCAUACAAGACAGUUGAACUCGAUGAUUUGCUCGGCACUCUUCCAAAGGAACAUCGUGAAGUACAAGGAACUGAAAGCGAUCUUUUCCUUUCCUACUUCCAAACUUGUAAUAAGAAUUCUGGACUACGUGUCGUUCAUGGUGGUACUGCUACUGGAUUCACACACGUCGAUAGUGAGCUUGAAAAGGGAAGAUCAACUGCAAGCGAUAAGGGAGUCGUCACAUUGUGGCAUGUGAAGGGACGUAAGAAUGUUCGUGUCUAUGAAGUCUCUCCAAAAUGUGCCUCCCUCAACAAGGGUGAUGCUUUCAUUCUUGACGCUCGAAACAAGAUUUUCGUUUGGGUUGGAGAGGAGGCAUCUCCUCAGGAAAAGUACAAGACUGCCACUGUUGUGACAGCCAUGCAAGACGAUCGUUCCGAUUCUGCACAAGUAUUCCAUGUUGGUGCUGGAUCCAAGAACGAACGAGAUUUGAAGGCAGAGGAAGAAUUCUUCUCCUUAUUGAAGGGAUCUCCAAGUGAUGUCCAAAAUGCAAUUCCAGACAAUGCUAGCUUAAUUCCUCAAGAAGCAAAACAAAAGAGAUUAUUCCGUGUGAGUGACGCUAGUGGUAGUAUUGUGUGUACACUUGUUGGCGAAGGAGAUCAAAUUCAAAAGUCCUUGUUGAACGAAAAUGAUGUCUUUAUCUUGGAUUCUGGUCUUCAUGUCUUUAUUUGGGUUGGUGACAAGAGCAGCAAACAAGAAAAGACAAAUGCCAUGCCUUUAGCCAUUAAUUACGUUGCAAAGAGAGGAUAUUUACCUAAUGUACCAAUUACAAGAGAAGUUGAAGGAUUGGAAAGCCAACAAUUCCUCUCUGCUCUCUCCAAAUAA